CAGGAACCCGGGCAUUCGUGCCCCCUUAAAAAGGGCCGACGACCGUGCCGUGGGGUUUGUCCCUCUGCACCUGCUUACUCGAUGGGGACAAAGCGAUGGCCAAGCCCUGACCUGCUGUCCUCUGGUGCAUCUGCAAUCCGCCAGGAUCUCCGAGAUCAGGCUGCCUGGCGAUACCGUGGGUGCCAGCGACGAAAGUCCGCCUUGUGGUCGUCCAUCUAAAUAUCCUCCCCCCGCUGUCAGUCGUGCGGAGCCGCAGAAUAUCAACCGACGCCAUGCCGCCUGCAACGACGACUGCGACUGCGCCAGGCGAGCGGCGGCAGUGCUGGGAAUGUCGACGCCGCCGCCUCGUCUGCGACUCUGCACGACCAGCCUGCAAUAAGUGCCGUGCCGCCGGGACCGAAUGCCCGGGAUACAGUGGGAAUAAACCGCUGAAGUGGAUUACCCCGGGCAAAGUAAAAUCUCGCAAUCGGGGAAGACCGAAGGGUCGGGCUGCUGCAGAUCCGGCGACUUCCCCUUCGCCUGCAUUAUCACCUUCUUCUUCUUCCUCCUCUUCCUCUGCGUGUUCUGCUUCUUCUUCUGCUACUCUCACUACGAGUUCUAAUUCCAAUCCUCAUGGUCAUAAUUAUAAUGCCCCUGUCCCUACGCGGGCGCCUGAGGUCAUGCCGCAUCCCAUGGGACCGGCCAUGCCUGCCGCUAGUACGGCCAGCUUUGAUAGCAGCGGUUCUAGUGCAACGUGGAGCCCGAGAACCGACAGUCUGGAUGAGCCAAUCGGUAGUCCAAAUGACGGCUUCCUGGAGGACCCUAGCGUAGGGAUCUUCCAACAGCUGCAAACCGGGAACCUGGUGGACCCGAUGCUGUUUACCAAGGACCUGGGAUCGGAAACGCGCGACUUUGUCAACGCCGUCAUCUAUUUCAACACCUGCAUUUACCCCGACGUGGCGGUGAUGCAUGACCUGCCGCCGAACCCGUAUCUCGACCAGUUCCCGCCGGUGGCGCUCCACCAGAUGCCUGUCUCUGUCUGCCACACUAUCGCUUACUUGGUCCUGGGCCAUCGCCUGCAACGGCGUGGCUCCAACGAGGCUGACGAGGCGUUGACCCAGGAGCGAUCGCGGCUGUAUCAUCAUCGCGGUGAAGCCAUGCGGUGUCUCGGCGAGGACAUCGCCAACGCUACGACGCAGUGCAACGACGCCACCAUCCUCAGCGUGCUGAUGUUCCUGUUCGCAGACGUGCGCCAAUUCGCUGCUCCCUACUGGCGGUACCAUCUCACCGGCGCCACGCAACUGAUCCUCUUGCGAGGGGGUCUGCGAAAGCUCAUGCGCUCGUCCACGGCUCUUCGACCUUCACUGCUCUACUUCAUGAUCAUCGGCGUCAUGGGCAACACCACCAGUCCCGCAACCGACCAAAUCCCCGCCACCUCCAGCUUAGAUCUCAUCGACCUGAUGGCCGAGUCCUACGGCGAAGGCCUCUCGCCGUCCCUCUUCUGUCCACCCACUCUCAUGCUCGACAUCAUUCGCAUCAACCACUUGCGACUGCAAGGCUCGUGCAACCCAUCCGACGAAUUCGUCCACCUCAGCGCCACCACCCUCCUCGAACAGAUCCAAGCCUUCUCCCCGGAACAAUGGAUCGUCACCAGCACGUUCCCGCGCGAAGAAUGGGAUCUACUGGGGCGUAUCUAUCAAUCCGCCAUCCUCGUCUACUGCAUCUCAUCGCUGCAGAGUGUCGGCGUGCUGCCGUACGCCGCCGACCUGGUCUCCGUGCGUGCCGCCCACGGUAGCCGUCUCUGCCUGCUGCUGCGCAAGGCCCUCGCCUCGCCCAUGAUCCGGAAAUGCAUGACCUGGCCGCUCAUCGUGGCCGGCGUGCACGCGGCCAGCAGCAGCCCCGGCAUGCGCACCUUCGUCGACACGUCCCUGACCGAGAUGAGUCGGGACCUGGCGACGCCGAUUCCUGCCACUGCGCGCGACGUGCUUCACACGUUCUGGACUUCGGGGAAGGACGGUUGGGAUGCGUGUUUUGAUCAGUCGUAUGCUUUUGUAUCAUAGUAUAUUUUCUAUCGGUUCAAUUGCGUUUGUGGGGUAACUUUUGGUUUUCGUGAGGCCACUUUCUGAAGAGUGAUGGAUGGAGUCGGAGUUUAGGGCAGCAGAUGGGAAGCUUGGGUUCUGGGUUAUUUUGUAUCAAGACACCUC